AGCAGCUACCCCAUGGCCUCCUUGUACGUGGGCGACCUGCACUCGGACGUCACCGAAGCCAUGCUAUAUGAAAAGUUCAGUCCUGCGGGGCCUGUGCUGUCCAUCCGGGUCUGCCGCGAUAUGAUCACCCGCCGAUCUCUGGGUUAUGCCUACGUCAACUUCCAGCAGCCAGCUGAUGCUGAGAGAGCCUUGGACACCAUGAACUUCGAUGUGAUUAAGGGAAAGCCAAUCCGGAUCAUGUGGUCUCAGAGGGAUCCCUCUUUGAGAAAGUCUGGUGUAGGGAAUGUCUUCAUCAAGAACCUGGAUAAAUCUAUAGACAACAAGGCACUUUAUGAUACUUUUUCAGCCUUUGGAAACAUCCUGUCCUGUAAGGUGGUUUGUGAUGAGAAUGGCUCUAAGGGUUAUGCCUUUGUCCACUUCGAGACCCAAGAGGCUGCUGACAAGGCCAUCGAGAAGAUGAAUGGCAUGCUCCUCAAUGACCGCAAAGUGUUUGUGGGCAGAUUCAAGUCUCGCAAAGAGCGGGAAGCUGAGCUCGGGGCCAAGGCCAAGGAAUUCACCAAUGUUUAUAUCAAAAACUUUGGGGAGGAAGUGGAUGAUGAUAAUCUGAAAGAGCUAUUCAGCCAGUUUGGUAAAACUUUAAGUGUCAAGGUGAUGAGAGAUCCCAGUGGGAAAUCCAAAGGCUUUGGCUUUGUAAGUUACGAAAAACACGAGGAUGCAAAUAAGGCUGUGGAAGAAAUGAAUGGAAAAGAAAUGAGUGGGAAAGCAAUAUUCGUAGGCCGUGCACAGAAAAAAGUAGAGCGCCAGGCUGAAUUAAAACGGAAAUUUGAGCAGCUGAAGCAGGAGCGAAUUAGUCGUUACCAGGGAGUGAAUCUCUACAUUAAGAACUUAGAUGACACCAUUGAUGAUGAGAAAUUAAGGAAAGAGUUUUCUCCUUUUGGAUCAAUCACCAGUGCUAAGGUGAUGUUAGAAGAUGGAAGAAGCAAAGGGUUUGGCUUUGUCUGCUUCUCAUCUCCUGAAGAGGCAACCAAAGCAGUCACUGAGAUGAACGGAAGGAUUGUAGGCUCGAAGCCGCUGUACGUUGCCCUGGCUCAGAGGAAGGAAGAGCGGAAGGCUCACCUGACUAACCAGUAUAUGCAGCGUGUGGCUGGCAUGAGAGCACUCCCUGCCAAUGCCAUCUUAAGUCAGUUCCAGCCUGCAGCUGGCGGCUACUUUGUGCCAGCAGUUCCACAGGCUCAGGGAAGGCCUCCAUAUUACACGCCUAACCAGCUAGCACAGAUGAGGCCUAAUCCACGCUGGCAGCAAGGCGGGAGACCUCAAGGCUUCCAAGGAAUGCCAAGUGCUAUACGGCAAUCUGGGCCUCGUCCAGCUCUUCGCCAUCUGGCUCCAACUGGUAAUGCUCCGGCCUCUCGUGGCCUUCCUACUACCACUCAGAGAGUCGGGUCUGAGUGCCCGGACCGCUUGGCUAUGGACUUUGGUGGGGCUGGUGCCGCCCAGCAAGGGCUGACUGACAGCUGCCAGUCUGGAGGCGUUCCUGCGGCUGUGCCAAGCCUUGCACCUCGUGCCACAGUUGCCGCUGCUCCCAGGGCUGUGGCUCCAUACAAAUACGCCGCAAGUGUCCGCAGUCCUCACCCUGCCAUUCAGCCACUGCAGGCACCACAGCCUGCAGUCCAUGUCCAGGGGCAGGAGCCACUAACUGCCUCGAUGCUGGCUGCAGCACCACCCCAGGAACAGAAGCAGAUGCUGGGGGAGCGUUUGUUCCCACUUAUCCAAACAAUGCAUUCAAACCUGGCUGGAAAGAUUACAGGAAUGCUGCUGGAAAUUGACAACUCUGAGCUGCUCCACAUGUUGGAGUCCCCUGAGUCUCUCCGUUCCAAGGUGGAUGAAGCUGUGGCAGUCCUGCAGGCUCAUCAUGCCAAGAAAGAAGCCGCCCAGAAGGUGGGGGUGGGCACUGUUGCUGCUGCUGCUGCUACCUCUUAGACAAGGAAAAAGAGUCAAAAGCCAAAUAACCCCUCAUGGCAUUCAGCUAAGGUCUGAAGACUUCCUUGUUUGUCUGUGGACCUCCACACCAAGAACCACAAGUUGCAAAUUCAAUAGGUCAUUUUGUAUCUAAAGGUCAAUUAUGAGGCACCUAGAAUUUUUCGAUUAUAUAAGAGUAUAUUCUCUGGGUUCUGCUAUGGCCCAGGUGGUAACUUUUUUUUUUUUUUUUUUCUAUGUGGGUUCUAAUUUUUCCCCCUUCCCAGAAAUUGGUUUUGAUGUACCCAAGACUUGAGUUUCUCAAUAAAGAAAAAAUCUGUAUAAAACUGGC